CUGACUAGCCUCACGUUUUCCCACUGUGACCUCAGACUGUCGUUGAAUCGAAUGAACGGCUCCAAGCAUUAACUUUAAUGAAAGCCGGUGGGAAAUCAUCAAAAACACAGUAAACUGACCGCGUUUUCUAGCGACUUGCUCUGCGCGCACACAGCUGUUCAAACUCGACAAAGCAGACCGGGCUAACAGGAGACAUGGCCGGAAUCGAGGAGCUUUCCCCCGCUGCGGGCCCGGUGUCCACCCGGCCCCCCGAGGACGAGAUUGACGAUGAUGAAGAUGAAGAUCUGGAUGAGACACUGAUGGAGAGGUUGUGGGGCCUGACAGAGAUGUUUCCUGACACAGUUCGCACUGCUGCUGAGGUGUCUGCACAGUGCUCUGUCUCACUGGCCAAGAAGUUUUACAGCUUUUCCCGCUCAGCGCUCUGGGUGGGUACUACCUCCUUCAUGAUCCUGGUGCUGCCUGUUGUGUUUGAGACAGAAAGAUUACAGCUGGAGCAGCAGCAGCUACAACAGCAGAGGCAGAUCCUGUUGGGCCCCAACACUGGAAUGUCUGGUGGGAUGCCAGGCAUGAUGCCUCCUGCACCUGGCAAGAUGUGAGACACAGGAAAGGCUAACAUCAACCUGAGAUUGGCCGCUAGCAACACAGCGUGGCCGCUUGCAAGGAGAGACAGAGGGACCAUGGAGAAGGACAAAGAACUGCAGUUAAAAUAAAAGAAGCAAAAGCUGUAUUCCAACAGUGUGACAUUAGGCUCACUCCAAGGUAUCGGAUUGGCUAAUGGGAUUGGAGGAGGAGGAUGUGAUGCGAUGCGUUUCUGACACUUCUCUCUCACUGUCUCUCCUUACUCCAACAUCAUGCAGAGACUUAUUUCCAGGAGCACUGCUUCUAUUUUUGUUUCUUUUUUUCUUUUUCUUUUUUUUAAAUAAAUACUUAUAUCAACAUUAAUAAUGUGUUCUUUAGGGGAUAGCUGGUACAAGUGGAUAAUCUGGAAAGUCUAGAGGUUACCAAUUUUAUGUGUUGGUGUUUGCAGUCAGAAGAACGUUGCAAUGCUUGCAGCAUGCUGGCAGUUUUGUCCAUCAUCAUGUGCUUGCUGGUUCCACCUCUGUGUGGAGAAUUGUGUUAAUAAAAUAUCAGCCAGACUGGUCCGAUGCAUCGUGGAGGGUACUGUAGAUAAUAUUAAAUGAUAGGAAAUGUGGUCUGCACAAUGGCCUCUGUAGGCUCUGUCAUAGUUCACCGUUGUACUAUGGAUGUCCUGUAUGCCUCAGUGCAAUACCUCUCAUGUCAAACUGGCCACAUCGGUUUCAAUACAUUUGUCCGGCGGUCAAGCCAUGGAUUGUAUAAUGCAGCAACACCAGAUUCCAUGUUCAUUCAAAGAUUGCUGUGUCCUUUUCCAUUGACAGUAUGUGAAGUGCAAAGUUGUUCAUUUAAGACAGGAAAUGUGUCAUGACUUUUGGACAAAUUUAGUUGUGGUGGUUGAUAAAGUUAUGAUGCCAAAUGCCUCAAUAUGACUGUGACGUGUCCUGUCUUAAGAGAAUAUUCUUUCCUCUGUUAUCCAUGUGGCAAUUUAGAAUCUCCCACCACUGUUCAGUAAGCAACCUCAUGUCUCUGUUUAGUGUUCAACAUGACUGCAGCAAUUAAAACACCAAA